CCAUGGCCGCGAACUGCGCGGGGGCCGCGGGGACGGCGGGGGGCGGCGGGGCCGCGCUGGGCUCGGCCCUCAGCGCCAGCAAGACCAAGACCAAGAAGAAGCAUUUCGUGUGCCAGAAGGUGAAGCUGUUCCGGGCCUCGGAGCCGCUGCUCAGCGUCCUCAUGUGGGGGGCGAACCACACGAUCAACGAGCUCAGCAAUGUCCCCGUCCCUGUCAUGUUGAUGCCCGAUGACUUUAAAGCCUACAGUAAGAUUAAGGUGGACAAUCAUCUAUUCAACAAGGAGAACUUGCCAAGUCGCUUUAAAUUUAAGGAAUAUUGUCCACUGGUGUUCCGGAACCUCCGGGAAAGAUUUGGGAUCGAUGAUCAGGACUACCAGAACUCGGUGACCCGCAGUGCCCCCGUGAACAGCGACAGCCAGGGCCGCUGCGGCGCCCGCUUCCUCACCACCUACGACAGGAGGUUUGUCAUCAAGGCCGUGUCCAGCGAGGACGUGGCAGAGAUGCACAACAUCCUCAAGAAGUACCACCAGUUCAUCGUGGAGUGCCACGGGAACACCCUCCUGCCCCAGUUCCUGGGCAUGUACCGGCUCACGGUGGACGGGGUGGAGACCUACAUGGUGGUCACCAGGAACGUGUUCAGCCACAGGCUGACUGUGCACAGGAAAUAUGACCUGAAGGGCUCAACAGUGUCCAGGGAAGCAAGUGAUAAAGAGAAGGCCAAGGAUCUCCCAACGUUCAAGGACAACGACUUCUUGAAUGAGGGUCAGAAGCUGCACGUUGGAGAAGAGAGUAAAAAGAACUUCCUUGAAAAGCUGAAGCGGGACGUGGAGUUUCUAGCUCAGCUGAAGAUCAUGGAUUACAGUUUGCUGGUUGGGAUCCACGACGUCGACCGGGCAGAGCAGGAGGAGAUGGAAGUGGAGGAUCGGGCAGAGGACGAGGAGUGUGAGAACGAUGGUCUGGGGGGAAACCCCAUCUCCUCCUACGGGACCCCCCCGGACAGCCCCGGAAACCUCCUCAACUACCCCCGGUUCUUCGGGCCCGGCGAGUUCGACCCCUCCGUCGACGUCUACGCCAUGAAAAGCCACGAAAGUGCCCCCAAGAAGGAAGUUUACUUCAUGGCCAUCAUAGACAUCCUCACGCCCUACGACGCGAAGAAGAAAGCUGCACAUGCUGCCAAAACAGUGAAACAUGGGGCCGGGGCAGAGAUCUCCACCGUGAACCCCGAGCAGUACUCGAAACGCUUCAACGAGUUUAUCUCCAAUAUCCUGGCAUAGUUGUCUUCAGCCUUCAGCGAGGAAGGAAGAGCAGAGGGGCUCCUUCACCCAGAGAACGCAGCCUGUGACACUCGAACAGACACUGUAGCAGCAUGUGGGGUGUGUGUGGGAUGUGUGUGUGUGUGUGGGUGUGGGUGUGCAAGGUGAGUGUGUGGCACUGCGUGACUUCAGAGAAAACUCAUUCUAGGUGCACCCUCCAACAGUCCACUUGACCCAGGAGGAAAAGUGGGAUUUUAUGUUACAGAAGUGCCCAGACAUUAAGAUUUGAGGGCUUUUUAAACCAAGCAAAGUGCAUUGUUUCAGCACUGCUCUUUCUAGUGACAUUUUCUCCUCUCUGAUCAAGAGGAUCCCAGAGGGAUAUGACGUGGCACUGUAUAAAGGGGUGGCUCUAGAUCAUGUUCAGUGGGAGUGAAGCAGUGCCUGAUUCCACAAACUACUCCUUUUUUUUUUUUUUUUAUUUUUAUUUUAUUGGACUGUCUUUACCAGAAAGACAUACAAUCCCUUUUAUUUCCCUCUUGGUAGGAAUUGGAAGGAAAAUAGCUCACCAUUUCAAGGACGGAAACUAUAACUCUGAUAAGGAGGAGUCGCUGAACUUUAGGUAAAUUCAGACUGGGACACUUUAUAUUUUUUGGUUAAUUUAAGUAACAAAAAAAAAAAAAAAACAAACUUUUUUGUAACUGCACUUGAUUUACAAGAAGGACGAGGGAAAUGGAACAUCUACCAAAGAUGAUCUCUUAAAAAAAAGGUGUAACUCCUAGAACCUAAAGAAAAAAAAAACAACCAGUGUGAGAAGUAGUAGUGGCAUUGACCAACCUCAGCUAAUGAUGUGCUCGGACCCAUUGUGCUUUCAAUUGGCCAGCUCUGAAGAUUUCCUAAAAGAAAACCAG